GGAAGACUUUACUAAUUAAGCGAUCCCGAGCCAUCAAGAGCCAGAUCAAGUGACUGGAUGUCAACAAAACACGGGAUCUGAGCAGCGUGCUACUUUAGACGCAAAGUGUACCAUGUGGCGACCUUGUGUACCAAGAGUGGCAUCCCAAAGCUUACAAGUUCUACAUCCACUCUAUGGACUGUAUAGGCUACAGAUAAGAUGCAUAUCUCAGACCGAGUUUUCUGUGAUAAAAAUACCUAUGGCAGUGCAACAGAGGUUAAAAAGAGAAAAACUGAAGGAGAGAAGAAAACAAAGAGAACAACAAGUGCAGAACUCAAGAAUGGGCAAUAAGAAAGUUCCUAUAAUAACCUGUAGAAGGAGUGAGUUUAACUAUUACUAUGGGCAGAGCUAUAACAAGUUUUCUGCAGUUCCCUUGGCCUCCAAGGGUUGGCUACAUAAGAAGGCAGCAGGGGACUAUUUCACCAUUAACAGCCAUGGCUCUAAUCCAGCAUUUGGGGAUGAAGGUGACAUUGAGGAAGACUUUGCUUCGCUUGGACUUGAUGAUGAUAUUGUCACUCAGUUACACAAUAUGGGAAUUGAGAAGCCAACAAAUAUACAAUCCCUGGCAAUUCCCCAUGUACUGGAGGGAAAAAACACACUAAUCUCUGCUGAAACAGGGAAUGGAAAAACACUGGCAUUUAUUGGACCAAUGCUGCAACAAAUAAGAGAGAGAAAUGCCAUACUCUCAGAACUACCUAUGAAUUCCCCAUUAGGCUUAGUCAUAGCACCUGGGAAAGAAUUGGCCACACAGAUUCAUGGAGUUGCAUCACAAAUAGGAAGGAGUCUUGGGAUUAAAGUGAAGCUCCUUGUUGGAGGAAGAACCAAGAAGAGGAUGCUGUCCCCACCUAUGUCUCGAGUGGACCUGCUGGUGGCAAGCUUUGGUGCUCUGUCAAAGCUCACUACUGUUGGGGUGUACAACAUGAACUACUUGAAUCACGUUACCUUGGAUGAGGCUGACACAAUGCUUGACGACUCUUUCAAUGAGCAAGUGACCCACUUUAUGACCAAGUUUCCAAUACAAGAUGGAGGAGAGAGCCAACAUUCAGAAGUCUUGUCUGGGGCCCAGCUUACCUUAGUAGCUGCCACAUCACCAAGAGACUUGACUAAAAUCCUUGAACCCAUUGUGAAUCCUGACUCGGUGGUGCGUGUCUCCACACCUCACCUGAACCAGCUCAUGCGCCACGUGCCCCAGCGCUUCUUUAGGAUCAACAAGAAUACCAAAGUGGAGAAACUUAUGGAAUUAGUGAAGAAUGAUUCGCAUAGGGGAAGUCCUGUGAUUAUAUUCAGCAACAAGAUUAAGACAUCUGACUGGCUGUCCUUGCUCCUCAAUGAUAAUGGUGUGCCCUGUGCUAACCUGAAUGGGACUGUUCCUUCUGCUCUUAGACAAAAGCACUAUGAUGCUCUCAUGUCAGGGGAGGUGAAAGCUCUCUCCUGCACUGAUCUCACAUCUCGUGGCCUGGACACAUGUAUGGUGUCCCAUGUGAUCAACUAUGACUUCCCAAAUUACAUUGCUGACUACAUUCAUCGGUGUGGACGCACGGGACGUGUUGGUGGUGCCAAUGCCUCCCUUGUCACCAGUCUGGUCCAUAAGCCGUGGGAGGUGGAUCUGGUUCAAAGGAUUGAGUAUGCAGUCAGGAAGAGAGAGGAGUUCCACAAUGUGAAUGCCAAUAUUAAAAGGAUACUCACAGUCAGGCAGCAGAAAAAGGAACUAAAGCAGGUGCAAGCUUAAGCACAUAAAGGUUGAAAAGCAUUACUUUCUGAGAGGAAGUAUAUAAUUUAAGCUGUCUUGGGAGCAUACAAAGGUAAACAAAAAAGUGAAUAUUAUAACAUGCUACUUUACAGUUGUGAUGUGUAAUCUCACUGAAUGCGAAGAGUAAGUAUAAGUAGUGUAUAUAUUAACUAAAACUUGAUAUCUAGUGACAAUGUUUUUUUUGUUACAUAAUGUUUUAAAAAGAAGAGAUCAAUUAUUCUCUUAAAUGUAAUAUAUUGUAUGAUAAUAUGUUGUAUAUAGUAUUAUUAAAGUGAUUUUUAGUAA